AUGACGAGCGAGGAGGAGGAGGGCCCCAACGUUGCAACAUCAACAGCAACGCCACCGUCAUCGGCAACAGUCUCCCUAGUGACAACAACCACAGCCAGGGGUGAUAGCAACGAUGCCGUCAAGUCCUCCUCCCCCUGCAGGCCCUCCUCGUACCACCUCCCAUGUCCCGAGGAAAAGGAGGAGAAAGAGGAGGAAAUAGAAGAGGAAGACGAGAUCAUCCAGGAGGAGAGGAUUGAGAAGGAGGAUGAGGAGGAGGAGGACAUGGUGGAGUGUGACGGGGAUGAUGAAGAUGACGACGCCAGCAGUGACACCAGCGUGUUAGUGGUGCCCUAUCCUGAGCUGGUUCCCGUGGUUUUCUUUUGCCUCAAACAGACGACCUGUCCUCGCAGCUGGUGCAUCCGUCUGGUCUCCAGCCCGUGGUUCGAGCGAGUGAGUAUCAUGGUGAUCCUCCUGAACUGUGUGACUCUGGGAAUGUACCAGCCCUGUGAGAACAUCGACUGCUCCUCAGACCGAUGUCAGAUAUUACAGGCUUUUGAUGCAUUCAUCUACAUCUUCUUCGCUCUGGAGAUGGUUAUCAAGAUGGUCGCUCUGGGAAUCUUCGGACGGCGCUGUUACCUCGGGGACACAUGGAACCGGCUAGAUUUCUUCAUUGUCAUAGCAGGGAUGAUUGAAUACUCACUGGACCUGCAAAACAUCAACUUCACUGCCAUCAGAACAGUGAGAGUACUGCGGCCUCUCAAAGCUAUUAACAGAGUUCCAAGCAUGCGUAUCCUGGUGAACCUGCUGCUGGACACUCUGCCCAUGCUGGGAAAUGUCCUCCUCCUCUGCUUCUUCGUCUUUUUUAUCUUCGGCAUCAUCGGAGUGCAGCUGUGGGCGGGACUGCUGAGGAACCGCUGUUACCCUGAGGAGAACUUCACACUAACUACGGGUAUCAGUCUACCUCGACCCUACUACAUGGCUGACGAGGACGACGAACGGCCCUUCAUCUGUUCCCUACCCAUCGACAACGGCAUCAUGUCCUGCACUGACGUCCCAGCUCGCCGUGAGGGAGGCAGGACGUGCUGCCUGGACAAAGAUGAUGCUCUUUACCGUCAGUCUCUGGGCCUGAGCCCUGAGCCUCUGGCCAAUGGCAGCGUGAGUGUGGCUGGACUGUGUGUCAACUGGAACAGGUACUACACCAGGUGUCAUACUGGACUCACCAACCCGCACAAAGGAGCCAUCAACUUCGACAACAUCGCCUACGCCUGGAUCGUUAUCUUUCAGGUGAUCACUCUGGAGGGCUGGGUGGAGAUCAUGUACUACGUGAUGGAUGCUCAUUCCUUCUACAACUUCAUCUACUUCAUCCUUCUGAUCAUCGUGGGCUCCUUCUUCAUGAUCAACCUGUGCCUGGUGGUCAUCGCUACUCAGUUCUCAGAGACCAAGCAGAGGGAGCACCAGCUGAUGCAGGAGCAGCGGGCGCAGUGCUCGUCCUCCUCCACCCUGAACAGUCAGCCCGGGGACUGCUACGAGGAACUCUUCCAGCUGGUCUGCCACUGCCUCCGCAAGGCCAGGAGGCAAACUGUAGCCUUUUUCAAUGCCCUGCGGGGGAAACCGCGGGGCUUCAGGGGAGUUGGGAGAGGCAGAGGAGGAGGGGAGAUGAGGGAGAGGAAGGCCAACGGAAGAGAGGGGCGAGAGAGGAGAAUGGCGAAGAGGCACGGUAAACAUUGUCCCCACCACAACAAACCAGACCACGCCUCACCCAUGGCUCUCAGCACCACCUCUGCCACUGAGGGCUGCCCGCUGUGUGCUGCAGCCCUGUCCCUCUCUGACGGUGUGGGACCGGUUCGCAGCACACUGAACGAGGAAGCGGAAGAGGGAGCUGUGGAGGAAUCAGACAGGGAAGGAGGUCAAUCUGGGAAUAAAGAGAAGGGCAAGAAAGGAGAGGUGGGUGCAGGGAAACAAGCGGGAUGUUGUCCUAAAAAGAGCUGCAAAGAGCUGUGGCAUGAUACCAGGAUGAAGCUGUGGGGAAUCGUGGAGAGCAAGUACUUCAACCGGGGCAUCAUGAUCGCCAUCCUCAUCAACACCAUCAGCAUGGGCAUCGAGCACCACGAGCAGCCAGAGGAGCUCACCAACGUCCUUGAGAUCUGCAACAUCGUCUUCACCAGCAUGUUCUCCUUGGAGAUGAUCCUCAAAAUCACUGCCUUUGGCUCCUUCAGCUACCUAAGAAACCCUUACAACGUCUUCGAUGGAAUCAUCGUCAUCAUAAGUGUUUGUGAGAUUGUCGGGCAGUCUGACGGAGGUCUGUCUGUUCUGAGGACCUUCAGACUGCUGAGAGUGCUGAAGCUGGUGAGGUUCAUGCCAGCUUUAAGGAGACAGCUGGUGGUCCUUAUGAAGACCAUGGACAAUGUGGCCACCUUCUGCAUGCUGCUCAUGCUCUUCAUCUUCAUCUUCAGUAUCCUGGGGAUGCACAUUUUUGGGUGUAAGUUCAGCCUGAAGACAGAGACCGGUGACACCGUACCAGACAGGAAGAACUUUGACUCUCUGCUCUGGGCCAUUGUCACCGUUUUCCAGAUUCUGACCCAGGAAGACUGGAAUGCAGUUUUGUACAACGGUAUGGCGGCCACUUCACCAGUUGCUGCUCUUUACUUCGUGGCUCUGAUGACCUUUGGAAACUACGUCCUCUUUAAUCUGCUGGUGGCCAUCUUGGUGGAAGGAUUCCAGGCGGAGGGAGAUGCCAACCGUUCUUACUCAGAUGACGACCACUCAUCCUCCAACUAUGAAGAGAGUGAGAAGCACGACUCCAUAAAGCUGUCAGACCCAAGGAUCUGCACACUGACUCCCAACGGUCACCUGGAGCUGGGUGCCUUGUCUGGUCCAAGGGGAUCCUACUCGUCUGGGAGGCAGAGCUUCACCUUUGAGUCCAGGAAGAGCAGCGUGAUGAGCCUUGGCAAGAGCAGCCUGGAGAGACGCUCCCUCUCUCUGCGUCAUGGUCGCAGUUCCAACUACCACAACUGGGGGCGUCCUUUUCCUCCACAGUCUGCAUGGAGCCGCAGGUCGAGCUCAAACAGCCUGGGUCGGAGGAGCUACGGGUUCGGUGGGGCUCCUCUGGUGGGAGGCAGCCUCCGCGUCCAGAGCACACGCACCCCUCACUCCUACACCUACGCCGCAGAGCAGGAGUCCCUUCUCUCCCACCCACCCCACUCCCAUCACCCUCACCCUCCUCAUCACGCACACCCACCUCCACACUUCCUCUCCAGGCACUUUUCUGGAAGGAGAGAUCGACGGGCUCUCUCCCUGGAGCUCCCAGAGCUGCUCCGGGCAGGAGGGCAGGGACAGGCCCCUUGUCUGCCUCCUGUCCAUCCAGAAUCUGGGAGGAGGAGCGGGUCAGGGGCAGGGGGCUCCAUCACUGGGGGGUCCACGGCUGGUAGUGGAUUAGGAGUGGACCACCGAGACUGUAACGGCAAGACGCCUGGUCCAAACACCCACCUGAUAGCAGAAGUUUUCCCUCAGGUGAAUCCACGCAAGGGCAGAGCAGACCUGGAUGAGGAGACGGAUUAUAGUUUGUGUUUCCGUAUCCAGAAGAUGAUGGAGGUGUACAAGCCAGACUGGUGUGAGACCAGAGAGGAGUGGUCAAUCUACCUGUUCUCCCCCCAGAACAAGUUCAGACUCCUCUGUCAGUCCAUCAUCGCUCAUAAGCUCUUUGACUACGUCGUCCUCGCCUUCAUCUUUUUAAACUGCAUCACGGUGGCUCUGGAAAGACCCAAGAUCCUGCAGGGCAGCUUGGAAAGAGUGUUUCUCACCAUUUCAAACUACAUCUUUACUGCCAUCUUUGUGGCCGAGAUGACUGUCAAGGUGGUGUCCAUGGGUCUGUACCUAGGGGAGAAGGCCUAUCUGAGGAGCAGCUGGAACAUCCUCGAUGGUUUCCUCGUGUUUGUGUCCUUGAUUGACAUCGUGGUGUCUAUGGCGGGCGGAGCUAAAAUCUUAGGGGUUCUCCGUGUUCUCAGGUUGCUCAGGACGCUUCGUCCCCUCAGGGUGAUCAGCAGAGCUCCGGGCCUCAAGCUGGUAGUUGAGACCCUCAUCACGUCGCUCAAGCCCAUCGGCAACAUCGUCCUAAUCUGCUGCGCCUUCUUCAUCAUCUUUGGCAUUCUUGGUGUUCAGCUCUUCAAAGGGAAGUUCUACUACUGUGUGGGUUUCGACGUGAAGAACAUCACAAACAAAUCUGACUGUCUGGCUGCCAACUAUCGAUGGGUUCACCACAAAUACAACUUUGACAACUUGGGACAGGCGCUCAUGUCCCUUUUUGUGCUGGCCUCCAAAGACGGCUGGGUCAACAUCAUGUACCAUGGAUUGGAUGCGGUGGGCAUAGACCAGCAGCCAAUAACCAACAACAACCCCUGGAUGCUGCUCUACUUCAUCUCCUUCCUCCUCAUCGUCAGCUUCUUCGUACUCAACAUGUUCGUGGGCGUCGUGGUGGAGAACUUCCACAAGUGUCGCCAGCACCAGGAGGUGGAGGAGGCCAGGCGGAGAGAGGAGAAACGACAGCGGCGAAUGGAGAAGAAGAGGAGAAAGGCCCAGAAGCUGCCCUACUAUGCAUCCUACGGUCCAGCUCGUCUGGCCAUCCACUCCCUGUGCACCAGCCACUACCUGGACCUGGUCAUCACCUUCAUCAUCUGCAUCAAUGUGAUCACCAUGUCUCUGGAGCACUACAGUCAGCCACAGUCCCUGGAGACCGCACUGAAGUACUGCAACUACUUCUUCACCUCCACCUUUGUGAUUGAAGCGUCCCUGAAGCUGGUGGCCUUUGGUUUCCGAAGAUUCUUCAAGGACAGGUGGAACCAGCUGGAUCUUGCUAUUGUGCUGCUGUCAGUGAUGGGCAUCACCCUGGAGGAGAUCGAAAUAAACGCCUCCCUUCCCAUCAACCCCACCAUCAUCAGGAUCAUGAGGGUGCUCAGGAUAGCACGAGUGCUGAAGUUGUUGAAGAUGGCGACUGGGAUGAGAGCUCUGCUCGAUACCGUAGUCCAGGCCCUGCCUCAGGUGGGAAACCUCGGCCUGCUCUUCAUGUUGCUCUUCUUCAUUUACGCUGCUCUGGGAGUGGAGCUGUUUGGAGAGCUGGUAUGUAACGCCGACUACCCCUGUGAAGGGAUGAGCCGACACGCCACCUUUGAAAACUUCGGAAUGGCCUUCCUCACCCUCUUCCAGGUUUCUACCGGUGACAACUGGAACGGCAUCAUGAAGGACACGCUGAGGGAGUGCCCACCGGACCGUCCAGGCAGCGACUAUGGCUGCCAUGCCGGGCUUCAGUUCAUCUCCCCCAUGUACUUCGUGUCAUUCGUGCUCACAGCUCAGUUCGUCCUGAUAAACGUGGUGGUCGCCGUCCUCAUGAAGCACCUGGACGACUCCAACAAGGAGGCGCAGGAGGACGCAGAGAUGGACGCUGAGAUCGAGAUGGAGCUGGCUCAGGGAGGCCUCUGCUGUAUGAUGGGAGGCAUCGGCGCCAUCGCCGGGGCCACAGGCGGCCCUGCGAGCGGGGCCACUGUGGGCGGAGGAGCGUCGGGUGCCAUCACGGCUGGGGCGGUCGGGGCUGCAGGUAUCGGGGUGAUGGCUCCUCUAAGAGAUGGAGGAGGAGGUUCAGCUCAUGAGGGACAUGCUCACCGGAGAUGUCGCCUCUUCUCUCCUGCUGAGGAGAGCCAGUGGCUUGACAGCGUGUCUCUGCUGAUCAAAGACUCUAUGGAGGGAGACAUGAUUGACAACCUCUCGGGCUCAGUUUUCCAUCAUUACUGCUCUCCUCCAGUCUGCAAGGACUGCAAGAGCCACCCACAAGAGCAUAUCCAGUUGGCGGAGGUGGAGCAGGCGUCUCUGAUGUCGGAGCAGCUGUCAGACAAGUCUUCAUCUCUGGCGCUGCCAGACGACCUCAGCCUGGACGAACACAGCAGCUACCAGCUGCUGGUCAGAGACAGCCAGAGAGGCAGCAGUGACUCCCACAGUUCGGAGGAGCUGACCAACCAGGGGGGCUUCAGGGGCUUACAUCCGUCCAGCUCAGGAAGCGAGCUGGGGGUCCAGGAGCUGUGUGAGGUCGGCGUCCAUCCCAGGGUGAACACCCCCUCACCGGAUCAGCCAAGUCCAGAACAUUGUACAGAUGGAGACGGCUGCAGCAGAGGUGGUGACGGGUCGUCACCUGUCCUCCACCUCCCAGCAGACUUCUUCCACCCGGCCGCCGCGGCUCAUCCGGGCAGUCCUGAGAACGGAGUUAGUCCAGGACACAGAGGGCCGUCCAGGUUGGCCUCCCCAGCCUCGUGGGCCUCUCUGCGAUCACCUGGAGCCAACAGCCGGCCCCUGAGCUCUCAGCACCCGUCCCACAGUGACUCCUCCCUGGCCACAGGAAGUUCAGAGGGCAGCCUGCAGACCACUCUAGAGGAAGGACUGAGCUUCAGCAUCUCCCCCCCUCGGGUUCACGAUCUCCCCGUGCCUCUCCACUGCCCACUCCCCAGCCGCACCCCACACACCCAGGAAACGGCGACAGGAGACCAAGGCCACCAUGCACUUAAGAGACGCAGUACUGCUUUGACCCUCCAAGCCACCAGGGGGCACCAGAGGAGCCAGAGCAGCUGCGGCGGUGGCAGCACCAGCCCCGGCUGCCCCCGUCAGGACUCCAUAGACCCCUCGGACGAGGACGUGGGCACGGGGACGGGUGGCGAACACUUGUCGGAGACUCUGAACAGCCUCUCGCUCACAUCGCUGCUCACGCCGGGCUCUCUGGCUCCCCCGCUGGUGAAGAAAUGUAACAGCACAGGCUCACUUAACCAAACAAAUCUGUCAGCUCGUAGCAAAGAUGGACGCAGCUUUUAUGGCAUAGAUUCCCACGGUUUCUUGUCCAACCCGUGGACGGAGGGAAGGGCAAGGAGUGACGAAGAGGUCAGUGACAUCACAGCCUUCAGCAUGAAGAGCAGCAGCCAGCCAACAGACACAAGCUCCAGGAAAAAUAGAUGAAACACUUGUUGCCUCUCUGUAGUCGAACUCUUUAACUAUUUGCAUUUCUGAACCUCGAACAGUACAGGGAGAGACUUUUAAUACGUUGCGUGUCCAGUGAACCUGAUUCUGAAAUUCUCUCUUCUUUUCUUUGGAUCCGGCUGCUUUGGAUCAGUCGCCUCUCAAAAGAUU